CCGGGAAAGGUAUGGGAAGUUGCUGUCUGUUUCUUGGAUAUUUUUGUCGUCUGGUGAAAUAAGCACGGGAGAAAGAGUAGCUAAUUGUUAUGGCAUUAAAAUUGCCCAAGUCAAAAGUAAGUCUUUGUUCUAUAAGUCCCAGAACACGCUGUUAAACAGUUAUCGAACGUAAAGUUCUUGUUCAUGUUCGAACUUCCAUAUACAUGUAUAAAGUCUUGUGUUUCAUCUGUUUGAUUAGACCUCUGUUUUUAAUUUUUUACCUUUUUAACCGUGUUAAGGGCUUAAAACUUUUAGAAGACGUCAAGUGAUUAGUCGUGUUUAAUUUCUUGUUAUUUGUGCCCAUCUUCAUGCUGAUUUGAAUUACAAUAACUGUAAGUCUAACAAUGCACAUGUCCAAUGUCGUAGAAACUUAAAACACAUGAAACUCGCAGAAAUCUUUAGGCCAACGCACAGCAAUCCUGCAGUUACUAAAACUAAACUUACCUUACACUUUGGUAUUUUUUCAUUGCCCUCACGAAUUCGAUUACGCCGCGAGUUUGCGUAAACUUUCACUGACCAGAAAAUGAAUUUGUAUUGCCUUUAACCAUUUGCUCGAAAGGUAAGCUCAAGCUUUGCGGAAUGGUUGUUGAGUUCGUUUCUCUUUAAGCCCCGAUAUUCACAUACAAAUUCCCCAUUCUUAAUUACAUCAUAUCUGCAGAGAAUGAGAUUAGAGUUUUAAAGGAUCAUAUCAUAUUAAUUCUCAUAACUUAUAUUCCCUUGAUUAUGUGUAUAUUUGCUACUUGUUGUUGUUAGGAGAAAAUCAAUGUUGGUCACUUUUGGUACUCAGCGCAUUAAUUUGAGCAACUAGCUUCAUUGUAUACAUGAAGUGUUAGUUUAAUAUGCUCAUCAUGAAAUAGGUUACAAUCUCGGAGAAGAGUUAAGAAAAAUGGACGUUGCCAUUGCAUCUCGGAGAAGAGUUAAGAAAAAUGGACGUUGCCAUUGCAUGUCCAGGUUCAAGAUAUAGGGCUCUUGAAAGCUCUGGCAACUACAAAUACUCCUCCCUUCCCCCCUACAAAAACAAUGUUAAAGUGUGGCUGGAUCAUUUCUGACCCCGACUAAACAAUGCUGACCAGGGUGGGGCGAGAGGAGGUACCAUAGUGGCGCCAAAUCCACGGUUGGUAAGAAAGUGCAACAACUAUUUGUCCAAGACUGUAGCUUGCUGACAUAGGAUAAGGCAAGUGGUAUGUAAUAUGCAUACAGGCAACUGCCAACAAAGGCAAAAAUGAUACUCUUUUUAAGGAUUGAGACUGUCAAAAACCAAUAACAAAUCCUACUGGGUGUGCACACAUACUUAUCUAGUCCAUAUAGGGGAGUAUUCCCCCUCCCACAGUCUACUGCCAACUGAUAGGGCCUUCUACUGCACUCUGUUAAGAUUUUAGGCAAUUAAGUCACUGCUGCUUAUUCCAUUAUUGACAGCUGCUUAUGAAAAAAGUUAUUGAAAGCCCUGCUAUGACUUUAAUAUGUUUUUUUUUUCUCUUUCAUUUUAGGUAGAACUUCAUGUACACCUUGAUGGUGCUCUAAGAAUACAGACAAUCAUUGACUUAGCAAAGUAUGAGAAUGUAUACAAAUUAAUGUACCCCUAAUUAGCCAAAGAUUAAGGUUUGUGUAGUAUUCUUCAUAUUGUGGACCAUAUUUUCCACUUCAGUUCCGUUUUUUUAACUCUCGAUUCUUUGUUUCUGCCUAAACAUGUGAUUUCAGCACAUUAAAUAUCAUAACCGAUUCUCUCACUCUGAACAUUUUACAAGAAAAAUUUAACACCUAAAGAAAAGUUACAGAACCGAGGCAAACUAGGUUAUUGCAGGCCUUAAAACCCCUUUUUUUAGCUUUCUACCCUCCCUUUUAUACAAAGUUUAUUUAAUUUCUUGAAAACCAUGCAUUUCUAAGUCUGUGCGUUAAACACAAUUUCAGUCUUGUUUUAUUCCUAAAAAAUCUAUAAACAUUAAUACUUAAGGCUAAAAAUUAUGAUGCUUUCUUUUUCAGGGAAAAGCAAAUACCUCUACCUUCUUAUGAUGAGAAUGGGCUUAGACAGUAUGUGUCUGUCAGUUUGGAUAAACCAUCGUCUCUUCAAGGCUUUCUAAGCUGUUUCCGUGUAUUUGUACCCGUGAUAAUGUAAGUAUACUAAUUUUCAACUGAAACACAGAAGAUCUAUGGUGAACACAUCAAAUAAUGGUGCUCCACCAUAAAUUUUUGUUAACUAAAUCAUUAAAGUAAUUAAAAUUUAAUGAUAGUAUUGUUCUCAAGUGACAAGUUGCCAUGGCAAGAGUGUAACCUUUGAAAAGUUCUGUGUUUUUUUUAAUUUCCUUCUCUGGUUAUUUCAACUUUUGGCACACUGAGGAGAAUUAUAGAGAGAAUCAACUGAGGCCUGUACUAGGUUUGCACCAAAUUUUAUGAUAAAAUAUGUUCACCUCAAACUGUUAUAUGAACCUGGUUUCGAGAGUUUCCCUACAUUAAAACUUUAGAGCUCACGAGUUGGUCAAGGUCAUAUUUCUCAAGUAAUAUGGUUUUGAUAUCUCUUUAUAUCAAGCACCGUAACAAAGGAAAGGUGGGGCAUUAAUUUGUAAAUACCCAAAUUAGGGCCACAGCAGUUACUUGAUAUCUGCGGUCAUGAAAUUAUUUUCUGUUAGGGGGGGCAUUUAUUCGAGGGCGGUGGUUAUUUGAAUAGGGGCUGCUUAAUCGAUCAUUUACAGUAGUUUUGGUUGCAUUACCAAUGAGAUAUUUUCCAGUUCCAAAAACCCUCACUUUCAAAACAAAGCUAAGAAAAAACCUUUCUUGUAAUAAUGAGUUUCAUCUGAGUGCAUGGGAAUAAAAAAUGAUAUCAAUGGCUUUCACUUAGCCUUGCUUUGAAAAAAAACACCUUGGGUAACUUGAAGUGACCCAUUGACGAUCCUUUUUAAGAAGUAUACCAUGCAUUGAGUGUAUUACCUGUAAUUGCGGGCGACAAGAGGAGCCCACAAUCCUAAUCUCCAGGGCUGAGUUGUUCGAAGGCCGAUUAGCGCUUAACCUGGGUUUCUUUAUCUGGUGUUCAAAAGUAUUUUCUGGAAUAAUUCUCUCUGUUAUUUUUAGAGCUUCCAAUCAUCAACUUGUGGACAAAAAGAAUUAAAACUGAACUGCUCUUUAAGCUUUCAAAUCUGAAUUCAAAUCUCGCACCAACCCUGGGUUAUCUUAACCCAGCUAUGAACAACUCGGCCCAGGUUGUUAUUACGCAUGCGUCGCAUGUAUGUAAGCCAGCAUUCGUUUGGACUUCCACUAAGAAUGAAUGGAAUGCACAGAACGCAAUUUGAUCACGCGCUUUUGGACCUUUUAUCACUCGAAAUCUCAUCACGCGAAUUUGAUCACGCGUGUUUUGACCAUCUGUCACGUGAAACUUUUGAUCCUCGAUCGUUUUCGCCCGCACUCCGUAACCUUUGGUUAUCAUCAUCAUCAUCAUCAUUUAUUAGCCUUUUUGUUACAGCACAUUUUACAGGAUACAGCAGGUUGUUAGGCGAGGAGACCUCAAGAAACCACCAGGCUUAUAUAGAGAUGCCACCUCCACAUCACAAUAUUAUAAGAAAUAAGGGCUGCGAAGAAGUGCGACUAAACUAAUUCAGUUACUAUUUCAAUAAAACCUCUAGCACUAAGGCGGACCACUUAAAGAUGCGUCUGCACUGCUUCGCAUUAUUACUAGUAAUUAUGUGACAUUACCUUGAUAUGAUUUUUCUCAUUUUAGAGAUGAUGUUGUUGCACUUGAAAGAAUAGCGCACGAAUUCUGUGAAGACCAAGCAUCCAGCGGUGUACUGUACUGUGAAGUGCGAUACUGCCCGCAUCUUCUGUGCACAGCGCAUAAUAGUAUGAUGAAUGGGAGACCAGAUGAUGAAGAUAAUGAGGUCCCUAAUAUGCUGCUUAAGAAAGGAGUUUCUCCACGAGAUGUAGUGCAAGCUGUUUGCAGAGGACUGCACAGAGGAGAGAGGGACUUUGGUGUCAAAGUUAGGUCCAUACUUUGCUGCAUGAGACCGGAGCCUGGUAAUAAUAUGUUUACCUUCUAUUGGCCACUGUGGGUGGAAAAGCGUUAUGAUUGGUCGAUGGUAUUCAAGGCAACCAUGAGCCAAUCAUAAGUAACUCUUGUCCAUCCAAGCGAUCCCAAAAUUGUUGCACCGCAAAAAGCUUGAGCCCAUUCGCCUUAUAGCCUUCUGGAGUGUUGGUCUGUUCUGUGGGUCUGUGUUGUGUCGAAAUGCACUAUGGGACUUCCUUUGGAGCGUGUUUGACCGACUUUCCCUUGUGAUUUUGUAAUAAAGGGCUUUAGAUUUUAAGACGAGGACGACUACGAGUUCGAGAUUUCCUCAAUACCAAGUAGCGCGCGCGUGAACCAGUGUCAUUUUGGCGGGAAAACGUGGUAGGCUAGCCGUCGUCAUUCUACUACGAGUUUUGGCGACAAUGUCGUGGUAGCGGAAACGAGUUAUAAAAAAAGUGUUGGAGGUCUCAUCAUUUUGCGGCUGAGAGAUGGCUUAACCUCCUUGUCAAUAAAGACAAAAGUGCUUGUUUUUUUUGGUGAAAAAGAAGUACAAUGAAGCUUUCCGGGGUGUCUAUUGUUUAAGUCAAAUCUCGUACUCGUAGUCGCUCUCGUCCUAGAAUCUUAAGGUCUCUAAUAGCUUAGACUAAGAGUAGUCCCAGUUUUUGCUCAGGGAUAGUAGAGCAAGCGAAACGCGAGUGCGCGUAAAAAUCGCCCCACGCGAGAAAGGGGUGACGGCGUCUCCCCUUUCUCGCGUGGGGUGAUUUUCAUGCGUGCUCGCGUUUCGCUCGCUCUACUAUCCCUGAGGAAAAAUUGAGGACCACUCGUAGUCUCCUAAUAGCUAAAAAAGGGACGUCAGCGUCCUUCAGAAUUGUCUCAUACUGCGUUUUGACUCAACAUGUAUCUAUCCCCCCUUUUUCCCUAAGAUCGUCCAGAUUGAGCGCUUUGCGUUACGAGUGGCCAUCUUGGAUGAGUGUCAAAACUACCUGGGUGGGGGGACAGUUUGGGACGAAGCUAGAAAGGUCUAUUCUUUUAACCUCCCUCCCUCCACCGCUUUAAACCUCGACGCCCGCUCCCCUCGGUACAUAUGAUACCAAGAUGGCCGCCAGUAACGGUAAGCCUUUGUAUCCAGCCUUAUGGGCAACUUACAUUGUACGCGCAAAUUGUCCAAUAUCCUAGUACAGUCGAACAUCCAUGUGCGACCACCUGUCCCAAGCGACCAUGAUCCAAAACACCAUUUUUUUUUUCAGUCAAAGCUUAACAGCUGGAACCACUCGUAAACGACCACCUCACGAAAGUGACCUCAACCUCGACCACGACCUUGUACUGUCCUGAAAAACUCAAAAACUAGCGCCUGUUCUGCGGGCUAACGGGCCCAAGUUCUACGGCAAAAGGGCCGACUCAUUUUCAUUGUUCAUCCAAAAUAUUUAUUUCUCCGUCUCCGAUUGGCUGGUAUUUUGUGGCUAAGUGCUAUUUCGAUCUAACGCUGGCCCUAAACGUUUUUUUUUUUUCUUACGAGCGCCAAUAGUCUUAUGAAAAAAAUGAAAAUAAGGGUCAUGUGUGACGCCGCGGAAAAUUGACUGUACUGAGAGAGGACAGUUGAAAGUAGAAGCAGAUCUAGAAUUAUAAAUGUCGGUUUCUGUUGCUUAUUUAUUUUCAAUGCUUGAAAUCCUCUUUUUAGAGUGGUCAUUAGAAAUUCUUUCCUUAUGCAAAGAAUUUUCAAGCGAUGGUGUCGUAGGAAUUGACUUGGCCGGAGACGAAAUACUUGGAGAGAUUCCAGCGAUGAAAGGACAUAUUAAUGCUUUUAAGGUAUGUUGUAAGUUAAAGCCCUGUAUAUACCUUUUACGACGCAUGGUUGCUAUUUCCCACACUGAGAAAUACAUACUCUGCAAUGCGCUGGUUUAGCUUUACCAGAGCGUGUUAUUUGGAAAAAUCAGGGACCCAUAAUGGUGGGGACGGGACGCGGGACGAUUGGCAACGACGAUUUCUGCGUUUACGAUGUUUCGUUAAAAGUUGAUGCCGUGUAACGUGGAUACGCGAAUUAAUUAUUAACACCCCAUGGUCCUAGAGAAUUAUGACAUAUGUUUUGUAUAAUAAUGUUGCUAUUUUCAUAUAGGAGGCCAGACAGCUGAAAAUUCACAGAACAGUCCACGCGGGAGAAGCUGCCCCGGCUGCUAGCGUCAAAGAAGUAAGACACAACAAAAGGUUCCUAGGCCUACAGUUACCAUUUUAGGCAAAUACAAAACAAAAGAAGGCCGCUAGACCACUUGAAAUCCUUUGCAGCUGGGUGUCAUGUGACCUGUCUCAUGUAAAAGUAUCUUAUAGUGCGAUUUUCGUAUGACCUUGAAAUGAAAACGCGCGAACAAAAUAGAAACAACAAACGAACGGAAAGAGAGCGAUUUGAUUGGUUUAUCGAACGGAUACAAACGCGCGUGGCUUUUGAUUGGUUAAGAGAACGCUCGGGUGAAAAAACUUCAUGCUCGAGAACUUUCUAGAAAUCUCACGAUACUUCGCUUUGACGUCAUACUGCAACACGAUUGGCCAAUCGAACAAUGCCUUCUCCAUAUUAGGUUUUUUUUGGCGGGAAAACGAAGAGUGCAUGUUUUGAUCUUUUCAUCCAUUGGCUAAUAAAACAAAUAACGAACACUUUCUCAUACGAAAAUCGCUCUGACACCCCUAAAAAUAAUAGCUUUUGAGGCCCUGUCCACACAAAUCCGGAAAUUUGUUGAGAGUCCUUUAUUGUUUUCCUGGUUGGUUUUGCCAUUUUAAAGGACUUUUUCCACCUGUUUGUCGCGAAAUUCACCGGUCGAAAAUUCUACCGUUGACGUCAUGACAAUUGACCAAUAGGAUAGUGAGAGAUAUUUGAGGCCGCUCCCGGCAAAGUAUGCACUGGGGCUCGCUUCACUCACUUUUAAGAACGUAUGAGAGGUCGGACUUGUAGUAAGUCUAAAACUCUUAGUCUUAUGACGCCUCAGUUAAAGAGUUAUUACAUCUUGCAUCAAAAUCGCAUUUUGCGUCAACGUUUCUACGUUUUGUAUCAGUUAUUUCCUUUCGUGGCGAAAAACGUUAUUCUUGCUUUUGAAUAUUAUCUGGACGAAAUGAGUGACCUGCAACUGGGCGGUAAUGCGCGCUUAAUGCGGCUUUAUCUGUUUUUAGCUUCUAACAGUUGCUGUAUUCUUUACUUUUUUUUCCUUUUUCUUCUAAGGCGUUAAAUAUUCUUCAUGCGGAGAGAAUAGGCCAUGGGUACCAUGUUUUAGAAGAUGACAUGCUUUACAGAAGAAUAAUCGAUGAAAACAUUCAUUUGGAGGUAAAUUAGCAAUUGACAGUGUGCCUUUCUGAAAGCUCGUCCGUACCUUAUAUCACGAUGAUCUCUGAAAGAACGCGAACUUUUCGUCUUUUCGCCGCCCCAGCCGUCGCUGUAAAUUUAUUUUAAACUCCCUAUCAACGCUGUCGACGGCAACGAGAACGGAAAUAAAAGCAAUAGGUUUAGCCUUAGCAAAACGACGACUUUUCACGCGCUUCACGCGAGAAGAUAGAAAAUCAAAGUUUUUUUUUGUUUAAACUUUUCGUCUUGUAAUUUUGUUAGCGAAACGGAAAUUAAAAAAGAAUCGCCCUUACUCUCUUGUAUAGAGCNGGCUCGCUUCACUCACUUUUAAGAACGUAUGAGAGGUCGGACUUGUAGUAAGUCUAAAACUCUUAGUCUUAUGACGCCUCAGUUAAAGAGUUAUUACAUCUUGCAUCAAAAUCGCAUUUUGCGUCAACGUUUCUACGUUUUGUAUCAGUUAUUUCCUUUCGUGGCGAAAAACGUUAUUCUUGCUUUUGAAUAUUAUCUGGACGAAAUGAGUGACCUGCAACUGGGCGGUAAUGCGCGCUUAAUGCGGCUUUAUCUGUUUUUAGCUUCUAACAGUUGCUGUAUUCUUUACUUUUUUUUCCUUUUUCUUCUAAGGCGUUAAAUAUUCUUCAUGCGGAGAGAAUAGGCCAUGGGUACCAUGUUUUAGAAGAUGACAUGCUUUACAGAAGAAUAAUCGAUGAAAACAUUCAUUUGGAGGUAAAUUAGCAAUUGACAGUGUGCCUUUCUGAAAGCUCGUCCGUACCUUAUAUCACGAUGAUCUCUGAAAGAACGCGAACUUUUCGUCUUUUCGCCGCCCCAGCCGUCGCUGUAAAUUUAUUUUAAACUCCCUAUCAACGCUGUCGACGGCAACGAGAACGGAAAUAAAAGCAAUAGGUUUAGCCUUAGCAAAACGACGACUUUUCACGCGCUUCACGCGAGAAGAUAGAAAAUCAAAGUUUUUUUUUGUUUAAACUUUUCGUCUUGUAAUUUUGUUAGCGAAACGGAAAUUAAAAAAGAAUCGCCCUUACUCUCUUGUAUAGAGCUAACAGUACAGCAGGGAAAUCCUUAGCACAAUGAAUAUUCUCUCAGGAUCAUUUAUAAUUUACAUUUUGAAGAGAGCAAUUUCUGGUCUGUUAUUUAUUCUUUUAUUAGUCUGUUAUUAUUCAACAAAAAUAAUGCUUGGCGUCCUGUAAUAAUAAUAAUUUAAUAACUUCUAGAGCGCUAUUUACAUUCACUAAUCAACAGCGCUUAACAACUUAAAAAAACUACAAUAAAAUUCAAAUUUGUAAAACUAAUUACAUGUACAUGAAUAUUACUUGCUACUUGCUUUAUUGUACAAACGACCGGUUUCAAUAAACCGGCGAAAUUUCUCAUUUUAUUAAAGCACUGAGGUUACGAUAACUUCGAGUUAAACUGAUUUCACGGGUUGUCAAAGAGUCGAGCGAUUCCCUUUUCCCAGGUGAGCGCCGACUCAUUUCGCUUUCAUUGCCUUUCGCCCGACAUGUUUUGCAUGCCGUUUAAUCAUGCGAAACCUCCACGAAACAUCCACGCAGCGUGCAAGGUAACUUUAUCCCGAUUCUAAAAAUAACUCGAGACGAAUUACCUAUGGAAUAGGGUGUGUAUGGGGGAUGCCUUCUCUGUCCCCUUAAUCCUCUCUUGUUUCAUAGGCAUUAAGAAGUAAUGUCUUCACUAACGUCGAGUUUUAUAGUGAGUAAUUGAGUGAUCUCUCUCUUUCUCAUUGACAGGCCUGUCCAACCUCCAGUAUAUUGACUGGUGCGGUCAAACCUUGCUUCAGUACACACCCUUUAAGAAGGUACGUAUUUAGGGGUUUGAGAAAAUGAGGGGUGGGGGAGGGGGGGCAGGGAGGGAGGAGAUGAGGGGAAGUGGAGUGCACAUCAUCAUCUCUAUAUGGGGAUCUAGAUCUAGACUAGGACAAAAAUUAUAGGCGAGAAGGAAAAGGUUCGAGUCCAUGCGCAUUCUUAACUAGAGAAGGAAACGGAGUCAUAAUGAGAGAUACACAGCGCUGUGAUCUAGGGAAAACAUAUUUAUGUUCCGAUUCUCCCUUGGAACUCCAGGGCUUACGAUCCAUUGAAAACCUAAUUUUAAGAGUCGAAAAGCAAAAGCGAAAGAACAAAACCAACCACAAAGCUUAGGAACAAGCAUUGCAUCUUCUGCUUCUGCAUGCCACCCCGAUAAUCUGAUUUUCACACAGAUCGUAAGUUAAGGAUCGAGUCGUAAGAGAACGGAAACGUUCGGAUUCCGAUUCCUUCGAGCUUUCGACUGGACUUACAACUCCGAGGUUUGAUUUCAAUAGGUUCUAGGGGCUCUUACGACUCCCCUUUCUGUUGUAAGUGAAAGCCAGCCCUAAACGCGCAACCUUGCACCAUGAUUCGGCUGUAAACCUGCCGAGGGUUACGUUGCUGGAGUACUGAUAUUAGACAGCUUUAGAUUUAAGGACGAGAACGAGAGUACGAGUACAAGAUUUAACUUAAAAUUUUUGCGGGAGUUCUAAAAAAAUAAAUACACCGUGGAAAGCUUUAUUUUACUUUUUUUCACCAAAAAAGUUAGUACGGUUAUUUACACUGAAGAAGGUUAAGCCCUCUCCUGAUAGCAAAAAUGAUAAACUUCUUACAUUUGGUAACUUAUUCCCACCACUACGACAUUCUCGCUAAAACUCGUAGUAGAAUGACGACGGCUAUCACGUUUUCCCGCCAAAAUGACGCUGUUUCACGCGCGAGCAAUACUCAGUAUUGAGAAAAUCUCGCACUCCUAGUCGCCCUCGUCUCAGAAUCUAAAGCUCUCUAUCAUUCCAUACGAUUCGACUUUAAGUGCCUUUCCUCACAGUGCUACUCGCCAUAAAUUGUGGUUUUGUUCACUGUGGGAAGUUAAAGGGUCAUUGUACUUCCCCAUUCCACAAACUACAUGGGAAAUGGGUACAAGCUUUCGGUGCAACGGUUUCUGAUUGGUUCAUGGUUGCCUUGAAUACCAUCGACCAAUCAUAACGCUUGUCCACCCCAAAUGAUCCCAAACAUCGCUGCAACCAAAGCUUGUACCCAUUCUCCCUAGAGUUGAAGAAACGAGGGAGAAACUGGAUGAAGUUUACCUUCGAAAAGACUUCCGGGACUAAAACAAAACUGAAUGCAGAGCUGGCACUACGGCAAAGGGCUUAUUUAUUAUAGGCCAAUAUUUCGGCUGACAAACUUAGCCUUCCUCAAGGCCAGAGCUAUACCGAGAGAAAAUAUCUUUUAACGACUCCUAGAAUUUGAAUUUAAAAUUCACUUAAGUGGUUAAUAUUAAUUGUCGUUUUUAUGCCAUGAAUAUCUCACUCAUUUUGUUUGUGUUUUUGAAGGUUCGCACAAGACAGGGUGAACUUUUCUCUUAAUUCAGACGAUCCUCUUGUAUGUCAUACCACUAAAGAUCUUGAGGAAAAGAUUGCUAUUAAUAAAAUUGGACUGAGUCCUGCAGAAAUAACGCGCGCGGUAAGUCUAUUGGGCGUUUCUAAAAGAACUAUAAUGAGCUCAGGUUACGUUGAAAUUUAAAUCUUACUUUUGGCUCGUUUGUUGAAGGCACUGUUGCCUUCUAGGCCAAAUAAAACUUAAUUAUUAACACAUUGGACUAGAACGCGCAAUACCAUUUCAACUAGAGGAUGGUACUGGUCAGUGGCGGGUCCUGGCCUUCUGAUAGGGGGGGCCGUCACCCAGACCCUGUGAUAAGUGGUGGGGGGAGCGGUCUCCAAAAUUUUUUUUUCGACCCUUCGGGCUUCAGUUUGGUCUAAAAAUAAGGGGGGCCCGGGCCUCCAGGCUCCUCCCCUGCAUCCGCCAUCACUGGUAAAGAGAGUUACAACUGACUCUUGUUGGAUAAUAAACCUAUAUCCACACUUGGUGCACGAGCACUAGUGCCUGGGUACCGGCACAAAAUGGUGUUGUGUUCACACCUUGAUUACCUGAUUGUGUAAUUGGGUACAUUAUUUGCUUCAUUUCGUCUGAGUUGUCCUCAGUCGUCUCUAUCUACAUUUGGAUGCAGGAACGGAACGCGUUCCUGCAUCCGUCGGAACGGAACGCGUUCCGACGCGUUCCCUCGCAUGUGAGCGAGGGGUGAUCAUGGUGAACUAAAGGGAGAGACUCCCAUCACCCCUCGCGCUCUUGACCUUGUUCCUCUCGUAAAUAUUGAUAUAGACUGUUUACAGAUCCCUAUUUUUUUCGUAAGAUCGUCACAAUCGGGCUCCUACCGGUACGGGCGGCCAUCUUGGUUUCAUAUCGAUUUGACACUCAUCCAAGACGGCCGCCAGCAAAACAAAAAGCCUUUGAUCUCGAUGAUCUUACGGAAAAAUAGGGGACUGUGAACAGUCUAAUAUUGAUAGGAGACUAAGAGAAGACUGGGAAUGAGUCAGUCAUUUCGCGCUGUCAGACGCCAUUUUGAAACGUGAUCGUGACAGGAAGCGAUGGGUAUGCAAAGCCCAACAUUUUAGUCUUAGCUGCUUUGCCCACUGGGGUACAAUAAAUCAAACGUUAAAUACAAUAAAUAAACAAAUGAAAUUUGUUUUAUUUGCCCAUUCAGAUCAAAUAGUUCACCCAAAGUUAAAGCGAAGGAAAAAAAAAAGGAGCAAAACUGUCCUCCCCUUUUAACCUAAAUAUCCCAACGCAUGCGAGGCAUAAGGNUGACACUCAUCCAAGACGGCCGCCAGCAAAACAAAAAGCCUUUGAUCUCGAUGAUCUUACGGAAAAAUAGGGGACUGUGAACAGUCUAAUAUUGAUAGGAGACUAAGAGAAGACUGGGAAUGAGUCAGUCAUUUCGCGCUGUCAGACGCCAUUUUGAAACGUGAUCGUGACAGGAAGCGAUGGGUAUGCAAAGCCCAACAUUUUAGUCUUAGCUGCUUUGCCCACUGGGGUACAAUAAAUCAAACGUUAAAUACAAUAAAUAAACAAAUGAAAUUUGUUUUAUUUGCCCAUUCAGAUCAAAUAGUUCACCCAAAGUUAAAGCGAAGGAAAAAAAAAAGGAGCAAAACUGUCCUCCCCUUUUAACCUAAAUAUCCCAACGCAUGCGAGGCAUAAGGUGUUGCUUAAUGCAAGACCUUCUUAUGAGGGGGGUCUCAGCAGCUGAUCAUAUCCUAGCUUAAGUUCCAGAAUAUUAAUACAUGGGUACUCACUUCUGCAGGCGCUAGUCAAAUUUAAUCAGAGGGUGCCUUAGAAGUUAUUUUUCUUUCUGUAUUUUUUCAGACAUUUAACGCUGCAAGGGCUUCCUUUCUUCCCGAGAAUGAAAAACAAGAACUUAUCGACCAACUCAAAUUAGUACAUGGAAUUCAGUAACUGUUUUAUAGAAUCUAGGUGAUGUAAAUUGGUAUAUUUUUUACGAGAUAACUAGUGAGCGAAACAGGCGAACAUCCCCAUAAGUCGCCUUCCGCGAUGGCACAAUACUGUACCGGUCAUUAAAAAGAAACCAAAGUUCCUGCUGAUCUCAAAAAUACUGGUGACAAUCGGAGAAAGAUUAGGGAGGGUGGAAAGUUCGAUCUGUAGGACUUUCGUCGAAAACGUACCCUGUUCAGCGCGGUCAAACAAGAGAAUUAAUUGUGCAGAAGCAAAGCAAAUUACUUCAAUGCUAAGGUAACAAGUUAAUUGCACUAUUCAAAGUAUAAUGUAUAUUGAAUACGCUGUUAAUUUACUGAAUGGUGAAUGAAAUCCCACUAAGUCCCACUUUGACCGUGAUGGACCUUCCCUGCCCCUCUUCUCGCCUUCCAUAUGAUUCCGGUUCCGCUUACAACAUGUCCCACGGAUUCGCGCACGGUCAUACUAAAGGUUUUGUGUAUAAUAUCUCAAAAAAGCACGCUCGCGUGAGCGUUAUGGCAAUCAUGAAGCGCUAGCAUUUCCUUGAAAAUAUUUGUAAUAGUUUCAAAUUGUGUCAGAUUGGAGAAGGACUGUUUCAUCCAUACUAUCCAGCUAAUGGGGUUUUCGUUUUUUUAACAAAAAAGUCAAAACAAAUUUCCGCCACAGUAUAAACUGAC